CCUCCUAGUCUUCAACCAGCGCAGGAAGAAAAGUUAUGGAAGAAGUCACAGGAGCUCAAAUAAUUGCUGAGGCGCUGAAGUCUCAGAAUGUGGAGUACAUGUUUGGCAUUGUUGGUGUGCCCAUCAUUGAGGUUGCCAUGGCUGCCCAAGUUGCUGGUAUCAAGUAUGUUGGCAUGCGCAAUGAGCAAGCAGCCUGCUACGCUGCUUCGGCAGUUGGAUAUUUGACAGGACAUCCUGCUGUGUGUCUGGUUGUGUCUGGACCGGGGCUGAUCCAUGCACUUGGUGGAAUGGCUAAUGCCAACAUGAACUGCUGGCCUGUGAUAGUCAUUGGAGGCUCCUCUGAUCGGAACCAGGAGACCACUGGAGCAUUUCAGGAAUUCCCACAGGUAGAAGCCUGUCGCCUUUACAGCAAGUUUGCAGCCCGCCCUGGCAGCCUGGCCAUGAUACCAGCUGUGGUUGAAAAGGCAGUGAGGAGCAGCAUUUACGGCCGUCCAGGAGCCUGUUAUAUAGAUAUCCCUGGAGACAUGGUGAAUGGCAGAGUGGAGCAGACCAGCGUCAGGUUCCCGUCCUGCUGCCCUCCUCCUCCAGUAAGCCUGGCUAGCAGCCAAGAGAUCGCCAAGGCCAGUAGAGUGCUCAGAGAGGCUCAGAGGCCGCUGCUCAUCAUCGGCAAAGGUGCAGCGUACGGGAGAGCAGAGAAAGGGAUCAGGGAGCUGGUGGAAGUGAUGGGGCUGCCUUUCCUGCCCACUCCGAUGGGGAAGGGUGUGCUCCCCGACGACCACCCGAGCUGUGUGUCUGCUGCCCGCUCCAGAGCUCUGUUGCAGGCCGACGUGGUGGUGCUGUUAGGUGCACGACUCAACUGGAUGCUCCACUUUGGUUUCCCUCCCAGAUUCAGCCCUCAUGUAAAAGUCAUUCAGGUGGACCUGUGUGCAGAAGAGCUGAGUAAUAACGUGAGAGCUACAGUUGCGCUGCUGGGAGAUGUCAGGGCUGUGGUGGGCCAGCUGCUGCAAAGCUUUAGGUCAGACCCAUGGAGAUAUCCAUCGGACUCUGCAUGGUGGGUGACGUUGAGAGAAAAGAUGGCUUCCAAUGCUCAGAUAUCGAAGAGGCUGGCUCUUCGGACCACUUUGCCCAUGAACUACUACACCGUGUUUCAGCACAUGGCUGAGCUGCUGCCCAGAGACUGCAUCAUCGUGAGUGAGGGAGCCAACACGAUGGACAUAGGCCGCACCAUGCUGCACAACCACUACCCCAGACACAGGCUGGACGCGGGGACGUUUGGCACCAUGGGGGUGGGGCUCGGCUUCGCCGUGGCAGCAGCUGUCCUGGAGCGCAGCCAGCAGACGGGCCGGAGGGUGGUGUGUGUGGAGGGUGACAGCGCCUUUGGCUUCUCCGGCAUGGAGGUGGAAACCAUGUGUAGGUAUAAGCUGCCUGUCAUCAUCAUCAUCAUCAACAAUAACGGCAUCUAUAGUGGAGUGGGUCCAGAGACGUGGAGGGAGAUGGAGAAGAUGGGAGAAUUGACCACUGUAGCCCCACCAGUCACGCUCCUCCCAGAGGCCCGCUAUGAGCAGGUGAUGUGCGCUUUUGGAGGUCGUGGGUAUUUGGUGCGGACGGUGGAAGAGUUGCGCUCUGCCCUUCAGCAGAGCCUGGCAGACAUAGCUAGCCCAAGCAUCCUCAAUGUGCUCAUAGACCCUGCAUCCGACCGCAAGCAGCAGGAGUUCCCCUGGCUGACACGGUCCAGCCUUUAAAGGAAGAGGUAGAAGUAUCCAAAGUGUGACACACUGGGGUCAGCUCUCUCAUUCCUAAAGACUUGCUCAAGGCCUCUGCUCAGCCUCACCACACUGGAUUUUGAAUUAACAUUUAUAAUAAUGGGGAAAAAAAUCAGCUAAUAAUUAAAAUGGUGUUUUAUCCUACAUAUAUUACUAAUUCCACAGUGGCCUUGUCUGUAGAAAACUGCUUGAUGUGUCUGACCUUGGGGAUCUGUCUUCCUGCUGAGUUUAUUUCCAGAGUUACCGCAAUACACAUCCAGCCAAUAAAGUUGAUCGAGGAGAUCUGACUCCUGAGGGGGGUGGGUGUGUAUGGGUGGGUGAAGAGCAGAUCCCCAGUAGCAGGACUGAGCUCCCCUGAUCUGGACCAGUGUUUCCUCUCACUGUUUAUUUCUCAUGCCUGAGUCACCUGCCCAUUAACAACAGUUAAUGGGUCUCUGCUCAAACACCUAAUAGAGGUCUACAGGGGCUUCAAAUUGUGUCUCAGUUGCGUUAGUGCAGGAAUUAAAGCACGUUGCCCAAAUCACAGUCCUCGAGUUCCAGAUCCGACCAUUUCUUUCCACUUUCUUUUCACCUAGGAGUCAGGCGUGAUGCCAAAGUGGUGACAAACCAGUUACAUUAAUCAUUUAAUCAACUACAAUGUGUUACAAAAUCCAGAACAGGAUCUAGAUUUGAGCUGCUGUAGCAUAAUCCACGUCUUUUAAACUAUAAUGUAGGUGGCAGCGUAUUGUUCACCACAAAGUGUAUCCGUUCAGUAUUAGGGUUUUGUUUGUUUUUUAAAAAAACCAGUCUAAUUCCUGAGAGAGAUUUGCUCCUUCCACAUGACUCUUGCUUACCAGUUGACUAAACCUGUGGCUGUUUUACUGAAUUACUGGCAGGUCAUCUCUUUAUGGCCGCAACUCAUCCUUUGUCCACCACUGUCUGCUGCUUCAAGGGAACAGAGAUCAAUUAUCCACAGAGUGGCACAUCUGCCCUCAACUACCACACUGAUGUCUGCCUGACCAGCAGAGGCCCCUUCCUUAGAAAAUAUAGUCUUAAAAUAUCUUUAGGAGGUAAACACCAUAAACAUUUGUCUUUAUAACACCGGUAUUGAGAUGGUGCUGUGAGAUUAUACUAAUUGCUGAAUUUGACCCAUAAAUUAAGAAUUAUGAGGUUUAAGUGUAUGUAAAUGUAAUGGUGCCGCUUUGAUGUCUGUAGCAGAGGUAGAAAGGCUGGCGUGGGCUCUGGUUAAACUCGGUUCAACCUCCAGUCAAUUACAGCAAGCCUUCCUGUCCUCUGCUUCCUUUCUGUCGUAGACUAUUACCUCACUCUCUAAAGGAGAGCAGAGGAAAAUUCACCUUCCUUAGUCAUGAUGCAAGACUUCCACUUGCAAGUGCAAACAGCACUGAAGAGUCAUUAAUUUAAAAAAAAAAGCAGCUCUGUACAGUGAUUUAGUGGAGUAAUUUUGUACUUGUGGCAAUAGCUGUUUGAAUAAAUGCAUGUGGGUUUGGGUUUU